GCUGAACCACUUCCACGGUCUUCCUAAUCUCCAUGAUUUUGCACACACUUGCCACCCCCACACCCCAACUUCUGUGUCGUUGCCUCCGACUUAUCCUUCAGUGCUUCGCUCAUGUUUCCUCUUCUCCAGAAGCUGCCCUCAAUUCUCGCCCUCUCUUCAAGAUUGAAGUGCCUGUUCCUUCUGCUCUUAUAGUGCCCUCCAAAUGUCAUCAGACGAUUGACACUACUAGACUGUGAUUUUUUGUCUUUCUCCUGCUGGUUGGAAAGACUGAAGGACUAUAAUUAGCUUGCAAGAGAAUUUAUGGGUCAGAGAAUAUAAAAAUGGCUACCAUUAUCCCUGUGAAUAAAAAAGAAAAAAAGAUAAGAUUCUGGGCAAUUAAAUAUUUAGGACAUAUAUUCCCUUUUCCAUCUCUCAGCUCCAAGGUGUAAAGCUCUGAAGGAAAUGGAUUUAAUUAAAACUUCUGAGUCAGACUGUUACUGCUACAAUCAAAAUUCCCAAAUGGAAUGGAAGUACAUAUGGUCAACUGUGCAGGUGAAAAUUACCAGUUCAGGCCUGCUCAGUAUGGUAUAUAUCACAGAAAGACAUAAUUGCCAGUAUCCAGAAACCAUUCUGUCUUUUAUCAAAUGUGUGAUUCAUAACUUUUGGACACCAAAGGAGUCUAAUGAAGUAACCAUAAUCAUCAAUCCAUAUGGGAAGACCGUGUGCUUCUCUGUGAAGCCUGUCAGGAAGACAUUUAUCUAUAAAAUCAGUGUGACUCGAAACAUUGUGGAUUUCAAACUCUUCCUUGUGUUUGUGGCAGGCGUUUUCCUCUUCUUUUAUGCAAAGGCCUUGAGUCGAAGCCCUAUUUUCUAUUACUCUUCUGGGACCGUGCUAGGUGUUCUAAUGACAUUAGUCUUUGUCCUCCUGUUGGUGAAAAGGUUCAUUCCUAAGUAUAGCACCUUUUGGGCUCUAAUGGUUGGUUGUUGGUUUGCUUCAGUUUAUGUUUUGUGCCAACUGAUGGAAGAUCUGAAGUGGCUGUGGUAUGAAAAGAGAACAUAUAUAUUAGGCUAUGUCUUGGCGGUUGGAUUUCUCAGUUUCGCCGUUUGUUACAAGCACGGGCCCCUUGUUGACGAGAGGAGCAUAAAUCUUCUGACGUGGACACUGCAGCUCCUCUCCCUGCUUCUCAUCUAUUGUGGCGUCACCGUGCCGCAGUUCUCAUACGCAGUCAUGAUCCUCAUCCUGUGUUCCAGGAGUCUGUACUACCCACUGAAAGCAUUUGGUUAUAUGACGUGGAAAAUGAAGAAACGGUUUACAUCAGAAAAGCUGGUGGUUAAGUAUCUGACUGAAGACGAAUACAGGGAACAAGCCGAUGCCGCAACAGCCCGCGCUCUGGAGGAGUUGCGCGGAGCCUGCCGCAGGCCUGACUUCCCGUCGUGGCUGGCCGUCUCCAGACUCCAGGCUCCUAAAAGGUUUGCAGCCUUUGUUCUUGGAGGAAGCCACUUGUCGCCAGAAGAGAUGCGUCUUCACGACGAACAGUACGGCCUUGGGGGUGCCUUCUUGGAAGAGCAGCUCUUUACCUUGAGGACUGACAGUCUCUCUGCGCAUUGACUUCAUUCUGGGCAAGGAAGUGGGUAAAGGGCAGGGGUCCUGUGGAAGUUGGGCAGAACUGUUCUAGGGAACAGUGGCAAAGGCAUUUGCUGUGGAGAAAAAUCAAGUCGUUCUGGAAAGGAAAACUAAACUAUACUGAAGAUAACUUAUCAUUCUUGGCCAGUUCUGCUACUUAUUGGACUGUAGGUGGCUGCCAAGAUUCUGUGAGAGUCCUUACCACUUUCCUUGAAUGAAGACUUUCAUUAGGAAAAAGGGAAUCACAUUGUUCUUCAGGGGGCCAGUUAGCAUGAAUAGGUGCCUUGUCAACACCAGGGCAUUAAAUCUUCUCUUAAUCCCCAGAACCUAUGUCAAAAGACUGCAUUGCUUUUCCUCCAUAUUAUCAAUGUAAGUGCUGGAAGAGACCCGAGCUAUGCUGGACCAGUGUUUUCCAAAAUAUAGUCCACAGGAUACUAGUAAGUGUUAGAAAAGGGAUUCUGAGGUCAACUAAGAUCGAUACAAAGUCAAACAAAUGUACUGCAGAACUUCUCAGAGCCUUUAAUAAUGCCAGUGCACAUUGUGAAUCUACUAAAGAGGAGAAAUUAUGUGCAGCAGUUUCCGACUUAAUUUGACCACAGAACCCUUUUUCAUGAGAUUAAUAUUCCUUGGGACACGUUUGGAAAACGCUAAUGAUGGAGGAAUUGAGGUUUGGAGAGGUUACAUAACUGGUCCAUGACCACGACGCUAUUCAGAGGCAGCACUAGGACCAGAACUCCAGCCCCACUGUUUCC